AUGAGAACGUCCUCGGAAUCUAACCUGACCAUGAAACCCAAUCCGAAGGGUUUUGAUGCUUUCAUCAAGCGAUCGGUUUCUCCCAAUAUUCAGAAUUUUAAACGAACACUCACCAUGGAUCCUUCCGAACAACGCCAUAAACAACAUUCCAAUCCAUUACUGAGCCACUCCUUUAGCGCAGAAGAGCCAUCCACAUUGUUGCAACAAUCCUCUGCUGUCUCUCAUUUGAACGCUGAUAUUCGCUACGAAAAGACACAUCACGAGUUGCAACAGUAUCAUCAUUCACCCUUGUUACCACCUCUGGCUCAAGGAAGUAAUUUAAGCAGCUCUCCUAAAAUCAAUGUGGUUCCUCCUUUCAAAGCAUUUCCAUUCUCUUCUGCACCAUCGAAUAAUGUGGGUGACAUGGAUUUUCCAAUUCCUCAAUUGUCGGCAGAGAACGCUGGAGAGUUGUACUAUAAACCCUUCAAAACCCUUGAUAGAGGUCUGAGAGAUCCUGUAUCAUGGGAUGAAUCGGAAACCAAGUUGUCAGAGCUGAUUCCUAACAAACCCUCAGUGGUAAAGAAAAUGAGUGAGGUUUUUAUUUCAAAAUUCGACAAACCAGUCCAGCAAUUCAUCAAGGAGAGCUUUUCAAACCAAAGUUGUAGUUUGGUUGAAAAAAAUAACAAAGAUCACAAAGUAUUUCGCUCGGAACCAAAUCUCACACCAAACGCCACAACAGAUUUUGAAAAAGUUCAGUUGUUGAAAAGGGAACAUUAUAGGAAUGGAAAGCCCAGAAAAGCAGAAAUUGUUACACUUGAAAAGAAAGAGUUGCGAAAGGCGUUAAAAAUACAUGGAGAUUCCUCAACCAUUUACAAUGAAGAAGGAGAGUUUCAUAAGCAAUUGGGCCCAAGACAAAUGAGAGCCUUAGUUAAAGCAGAAGCAGAAAGAGAAGAAUUUUUAAAGCUUGAACGAGAUAUUAGGCGAAAAAAGAACAAGUUCAUUCGAAUAAUUAACUCAGGUUAUCGCCAUGGAGUGCUAAAUGUUCAAGACGAUAUGGACAUUUUCGACAAGGAUGGUAUUUCGACAAGUGACAUAAUGAAUAGAAGCACAAAAUCUGAAGGUUCCUUUAGACGAGAGAGGCUGCGUAAAAUGGCUAACUCUGAGCUUGGUAGAAUGACACUAAGACCGGACGAGUUUUCUGAACCCUUUUCGCAGCCGUUUAUGCAGCGAAAAGCAAAGACCGAGCUAAGUGAAAAAAUGCAAAAAUCAAACGUUGUCAUCGCUCUAAAAGAACAAGAUGCACAAAAUUCGAAACAGUUUAUUUUCAACAACCAGACCAGAAAUGAUAAUAUUGGAUCUGAAAUUGAUGCAAUUCGAUAG